AUCCGUUGCAGAUUUAACUCAUUCCGGCAUCAUUUUAGUGGCAUCAUUUUGGUAGCAUCCCGAACUACUAUUCGCCUCAAAUCAGCAUUAUUAAGCCUCCCUCUUUCAGCAAUUCCUGUGUUCGAUUCGGACGACUAGCAAACAUGAGCGCUGAACUGAAUUACCGACGGGCAAAGCCAGGCAAAAAGACAUUUCAGAGUAAUCCUACAAAUGGUGUUGUUGGCCCAACUUCUCAGAUCCCUGGGCUGUGUCAGACUGCCGACACAGCACCAGAGGAAAGAACCACUGGCCGGCGGGUGGGGAUUUUUGAGAGUGACUCGGAUUAUGUUAAACUGGCCAAAGGAGGAGGGCAUAAAGGAUUGCUCUCGCAUGACGAUGUGGAGGAGGAAUGCCAGGGGGCCAACUCAUCCUAUAGGCCCCCUGAUUGGUUCUCUGCAAACUCUGGGUCCAGGUCCCCGUUAAGCCCAAGCCAAGCGUCUUCAGCUGACAGCACCUCCUCCAACGGAGGCCGCAAGAGUCCGUCCAAAGGGGCAGCCAGGUUGCUAGCUGCUCCCUUUGGCACGGAUGAAAUCUCCCCCUGGGAUCAAGGCACUGAUGCCUUUACCGCUGGUAAAGACAAGGCAAAGGUGGGCCAUGCCACUAAUCAGAUGGAGAAGCUGACCAUGAAUGAUUCCAAGGAGGUUGGAAAGUUCAAAAAGAUAUCGCAUGACAAGAAGUCAGCAAAAGAUCAAGUCAGCAUGUCUAAGCUUUUGAGUUUUGGGUACAUGGAGGAGGAUGAGAAGAAAUCGGUCGAUGACGAUGCUUCCAGUAUGACAUCCGAGCAGACCAGCACCAUUGCCCCAGAGGACGAGCUGGAGUAAGUGGUGGCCUGAUGGGGAGGUCUGGAGCCCAGGGCGUCCCUCCCAGCUGCUUCACCACCCAUACUCACAUCAGUUACAUGUCUUGUUCUUUAACAUCUCUGUCAAUAGGCCAAGCUCAUACGGAACUUUUUUUUCCUUUUGUAAACGUUAAUGUUGUUAUUGUACACAAAUGCCAAGUGGUACAAGUUCAUUGGUACUAUAUCAUUUUUUUGUUGUUGUGACUGCUAAGAGGGCAAAUGUAGUGGAUGCGCUCAGCCUCCAAACAAAAGCAAGGUGCAAGUUUGUGUUUUUUUUGUUUUGUUUUUGUUUUUAUCUCUCAGGCACUUUUGUUUUUUCGUUGAGGUUUUAAGGGCUCCGUUUGUUGGUGUGUGAGCUCACUGUUAACAUUGCACACCCCACCCACCAGAGCAGCUUUUGGAACUGCAGCAGUGAAUCCUAGUGUGAGUUUACCUUCGUAUUUAUGCAGUUAGGCUCUAGAUAUGACUUAGACGAACACAUUUUGUCAUUAGUAACUGGUAAGUCAUCCACAAGUAAGAAUUAGUGUGAGAAACGCUCCUGGAUCAAAAAUCACGUUUUCACAUAAUAAAAGAAUAGCUAAGGAGACUUGGAAGAGUGAUAGCUUUGAUAUUGUCCACUGGUAUUACAGUAGUACACUUGUUAACUUACUGAUUUUUAAUUCCAUCAGAAUGGCCUGUCCAUCAUUUUAUUUGUCUCAGAAUUGAAUUAGAUCGCUUUUUGAAUGAAAUCUCUGACGAAGCUUCACUUUGAAGAUGCAUGAUGUGAUGGAACUGAGUAGCUCCUCAUCCAUUUCCUUGAUCACUAAGAGAGCAAGUUACAACACUAACCUAAGUCACUCGUGGUGCACAGAAGUCUCUGUUUUGAGUGUGAUAUUGUACUAUCUGCUUUUCUUAACUAUCACUGCGAUUCUGAAUCAUAUGUAAAGCUGUUUCAUGGUACAUUAAGAGCUGAAUUGGCUCCGGAUCUCUCUUUUUCCCUUUGUUGCUGUAUACCUGUUCAUGUGGGCCUUUCCAAGUGAGUUGAGGUUGAAUGUACAGUAACGUGUUUGUUGCUUUUAUUGCUAGGAUGCAGACAAAAGUCGUCCACACUGAAACUGGUUGGAUUUUGUAAGGGCCAAAUAAUGGGAGAGGUGAUCUAGGCCUAUGCCAUGGAAAGCCUUGUAUGAUUGUUUGUUUGUUUGUUUUUUUUUGUUUUCAACUGACCAGUUAACACUUGCUGUUGGAUUUGAAACAAAGUUCAAUGAAGAUGUCUGCAUGUA